AUGUCUGCUUUCAGGUUCUGGUCCAGCCUGCUGAUUACGUUGCUUGGGUAUCUCUGCCCUGGGGCUUCCCCAUGUGGGAUUUCAACACAUGUAGAAAUAGGACACAGGGCUCUGGAGUUUUUCCAUCUUCAAACUGGGAGUGUUAACUACAAAGAGCUGUUACUUGAACACCAAGAUGCAUAUCAGGCUGGAACUGUGUUUCCUGAUUCUUUUUACCCCGAUAUUUGUAAAGGAGGGAAAUAUCAUGAUGUGGCUGAGAGCACUCAUUGGACUCCAUUUUUGAAUGCAAGCAUUCAUUACAUCCGAGAGAAGUAUCCCCUUCCUUGGGAGAAGGACACAGAGAAAUUAGUGGCUUUUUUGUUUGGAAUUACCUCACACAUGGUGGCAGAUAUAAGCUGGCAUAGCUUGGGUAUUGAACAAGGAUUCCUCAGGACAAUGGGAGCUAUUGAUUUUCACAACUCCUAUCCUGAGGCUCAUUCAACUGGUGAUUUUGGAGGAGAUGUGUUGAGCCAGUUUGAGUUUAAUUUUAAUUACCUCACAAAGCGCUGGUAUGUGCCCACUAAAGAUCUAUUGGAAAUUUAUGAGAGACUCUAUGGUCAGAAUGUCAUCACUAAAAAUGUAAUUGUUGACUGUACCUAUCUUCAGUUCUUGGAAAUGUAUGGUGAGGUUUUAGCUGUUUCUAAGCUGUAUCCCACUUACUCAAGAAAGUCCCCAUUUUUGGUAGAACAAUUCCAGGAGUAUUUCCUUGGAGGACUGGAUGAUAUGGCAUUUUGGUCCACUAAUAUUUAUCGUUUAACAAGCUACAUGUUGGAAAAUGGAACCAGUGACUGCAGUCUACCUGAGAACCCUCUGUUCAUAGCAUGUGGCAGCCAGCAAAACAACACCCAUGGCUUGAAAGUGCAGCAAAGUCCUUUUCAUAGAAAUCUUACUGCAUCCCCAGUGAAAGAUAGAGAAAGGAACAUAAAUUAUACAGAAAGAGGAGUCUUCUUUAGUGUGGAUAGCUGGACACAGGAUUCCCUUACCUUCAUGUACAAGGCUUUGGAAAGGAAUGUGCGAAAAAUGUUGACAGGCGGUUCACAUCAGUCACUUAAGCACAUUUCCAACCCCAUGGCAUCUUAUUUCCUGUCAUUUCCAUAUGCAAGACUUGGUUGGGCAUUGACCUCAGCAGACCUGAACCAGGACGGGCAUGGUGAUCUUGUGGUUGGUGCACCUGGGUAUAGCCUCCCAGGUCACAUUCAGAUUGGACGUGUGUAUCUCAUCUAUGGCAAUGACCUCGGCCUGCCCCCAGUUGACUUGGACCUAGACAAAGAGGCUCACAGGAUCCUGGAAGGCUUCCAGCCCUCAGGUCGGUUUGGCUCAGCCUUGGCCGUGUUGGACUUCAAUAAGGAUGGUGUGCCUGACCUGGCCGUGGGAGCCCCAUCAGUGGGCUCUGAGCAACUCACAUACAAUGGAGCAGUGUACGUCUACUUUGGUUCUAAAGAAGGAAGGAUGUCUUCUUCCCCUAACAUCACCAUCUCUUGCCAGGACACUUACUGUAACCUGGGCUGGACGCUCCUGGCCACAGAUGUGAAUGGAGAUGGUGAACCUGACCUGGUGAUAGGUUCCCCCUUUGCACCAGGUGGAGGGAAGCAAAAGGGGAUUGUGGCUGUGUUUCAUUCUGACCCCAGCCGGCCUGAAAAAGAAAAGCUGAGCGUGGAGGCUGCUGACUGGCUGUUGAGAGGCGAGGAGGACUUUGCCUGGUUUGGAUAUUCCCUCCACAGCAUCCGGAUGAACAACAAGACUUUGCUGUUGGUCGGGAGCCCAACCUGGAAGGACACUAGCAGUGUAGGCCCUUUAUCCCACAAGCAGGAUGAGAAACCAAACCUCGGAAGGGUGUAUGGCUAUUUCCCGCCAAAUAAUCAAAGUUGGUUUACAAUUUCUGGAGACAAGGCGAUGGGCAAACUGGGCACCUCGCUGUCCAGUGGCCAUGUGAUGCUGAAUGGGAUAAUGACACAGGUGCUUCUGGUGGGAGCUCCGACUCACGAUGACAUGUCCAAGAUGGCGUUUUUUACUAUGACCUUGCACCAAGGUGGAAGCACUCGCAUGUAUGCAAUCACAGAGGAUGCACAACCUGCUUUGCUCAGCACCUUCAGUGGGGAUCGCCGCUUCGCUCGAUUUGGUGGAGUUCUGCACCUGAGUGAUCUGGAUAAUGAUGGCUUGGAUGAAAUCAUCAUGGCAGCCCCUCUAAGGAUAUCAGAUAUCACCUCUGGACUAAUUGGGGGAGAAGAUGGCCGUGUUUAUGUAUAUAAUGGCAAUCAUACCACCCUUGGUGACAUGACAGGAAAAUGCAAAUCAUGGCUUACUCCAUGUCCAGAAGAAAAGGCCCAGUAUGUAUUGAUUUCUCCUGAAGCAAGUUCAAGGUUUGGGAGUGCUAUGAUCACUGUGAUGUCCAAGGGAAAGAACCAAGUUGUCAUUGCUGCUGGAAGGAGUUCUCUGGGAGCCCGACUUUCUGGAGCACUUCACAUCUAUAACCUUGGCUCAGAUUGA